CCCCGAAACAGGAAGACUCUUCUUACUUUCAUCUUCCAUAUUGGAAAUUAUGUUGACCGCAAGGAGUCAUGGAUCUAUCUAGGAUUUCAGAUCUUCAUGCUAUUUCUUUCUCUUCGGGCACCUGACAACGGAAAUAGAAAAACCGCCAUAUUGAAACUAAUGUAAUCAAUCAGGAUGGCAGAACCACAAGAAAUAAAGGUGGAAACUGAUUCAAACAAAUUUACUUUGAAAGGAAGGCCAUGUGAGCUUUCGUCGUUUUCCUUUAUUCCAACAGAAAGAGACGAUCCUCCAGAAAGAACUGUAUUCAAUACUCCUAAACAGUUGGUUAUCAAACAACGUGAGAAGGAGCGAUAUCCAAGGUCAACUUACGAAAGACUCUUCAGGAAGGAAUACGGAUAUAAUAACAAACUUCACAGGGAUGAUAGAGAGCAUGCCAAGUCUAGGGGCUUGAUAGUUAAUGAAGAGGAGAAGCUUAAGGAAGUGCCAACACUGUCUUCCUCAGAAUAUGGACAUCGACUAGAAUUGUUUGUUGACAAUCCUGACCGCCAGCACGUCCGAAUUGCCCACGUUAGGGCCGAAUUUUUCAGAAGAAAUGGAAUUACUUCUUGAUUGUCAAAUUCCCCCCCCCCCCCUUUAUACCAAGUAUAUAUGCCAGUCUUUUCAAAAAAUUUAAAAUUCAGUAAACUUUCACUUCAGUUCUGUGUUAAUUAUUCUGUGUGUGUCAAUAUUGCAUUUGUAGUUGUCAAUUGUUUGUUAUCCUUAACAGGAUGAUGGAAAGAAAUUUUCUUUUCAAUAUAUUUUGUCCAUGUGCAAUUAUACUGAUGUCACUGUUUGUAUUUUUUGGAAGAAAGCUGGUAACUGUGAUAAACUAUUGCAUUUUGUGUUCACUUGUACAUGUACCAUGAAAUAAAUACUAAAGUUUCCUAGUUAA